AUUCAGAUAGUGAAUAUUGGUUGAUUUGGCUAGUUGUUCGUUGUAAAAAUGUUUUUGGCCAAGUGUUUGUUAUUGGUCUACUUUACGACGGAAAUACAAUCGGUGAAUCUCGAUAUUGAACUGGUAAUGAUCAAAAAUGAAGUUGUACCGGAAUUAAUUGAAACCUCACCACGCCUGACCAUGCAAGUCCUUUACCCAAAUGGAUAUUAUGUGAAAGCUGGCAAUAUAAUGAAAACCAUUGAUGUGGAGGAGCAACCUCUAGUUUAUUGGAAAACCGAUCCGACUAAAACAGUCUACUACACCAUUGUCAUGUUCUCGCCGGAUUAUCCAGAGCGAUCGCAUCCAGCAUUGGCCAAUUUUUUGCACUGGAUGGUCGUGAACAUACCCGGUGGUCGCGUUGAAGAUGGAGAAGUGAUCUGUGAUUAUUUGGGCGCCUUACCCGAACCGGACCAGGAGCUACAUCGGUACAUUUUCCUGGUGUACAAACAGAAAGCGAAAAGCAAUUAUGGAAUGGAAGAGAGGAUCUUUGGUGACGAUUUCGCGGCGAGAGAGAGAUUUUCGAUUAAGAAAUUUGUGAACCGAUAUUUGUUGAGUCCUGUUGCGGGCAAUAUUUUUUUGGCCGAAUUCGAUCAGAAUGCGGCAUCGAAAGGUGGAACGUUUAUAGUUGAAUAAAUAUUUUUGUUUGUUUUGUAAAAAAAUACUUUUUUUUAACGAAAACAACAUUGAAAACCAUUUGAUUGUCAUGUGAUUUGUAUUAUGAUGAUUGUUCCGCAAUUCAUUAAUAAUUUUAUUAUUCUUAGCAAGUGAGUGCUAAUUAAUUGCUA